GUCCGAAUUGGUCGAUGUGGCGGGUGAAAGGAGCUCCGACGUCCCGGCGAUCAAGAGCUCGGCAGUUCAUUGGCCUUCGUUGGAUUUCCAGAACGAGACCACUAGUUGCGAUAGUAGAUUUUACGUCGUCGUCAAUUAGGCGGUGUGGCCAAGCGACAUGAAGAAAUUGCACAACUGAAAUUGUGUAGCGAAUUCCGAAUUGGGGGAGAAAAAUGAAGAAGCCGUUGUUGCCGGCGAAAAAAGUAUGCGGCGGCAAUAAGCAAAUUACCGACAGGGAAGGACUGGUGAAGCUAUUGAGAUGGCAUUUCGGCCACUCCGAUUUCAGAGGGAAGCAGUUCGAGGCGAUUCAAGCUGUUUUGUCCGGAAGAGAUUGUUUCUGCCUGAUGCCGACGGGAGGAGGGAAGUCAAUGUGUUACCAAAUUCCUGCAUUGGCAAAACCUGGGAUUGUGCUUGUGGUUUCUCCUUUAAUAGGUGCAAUGCCGCUGUUCUUGCUUUUUGUUUCGUUGGUCAUAGGUUGUUUUCUAUUUCCAGCUCUGAUGGAAAACCAAGUUACCGCAUUGAAGGAGAAAGGAAUCACUGCUGAAUUUCUAUCUUCAACUCAAACAACCCAUGCCAAAACUAAGAUUCAUGAAGACCUUGAUUCUGGAAAACCAUCCACAAGGCUGUUAUAUGUAACGCCAGAAUUGAUUGCAACACCAGGAUUUAUGUCCAAGCUCAACAAGAUUCAUGCUAGAGGGCUGCUGAAUAUCAUUGCCAUUGAUGAGGCGCAUUGCAUUUCCUCAUGGGGCCAUGACUUCAGGCCUAGCUAUCGCAAACUUUCUUCCUUGAGAAACCACCUUCCAGAUGUACCGAUACUGGCUCUCACAGCUACAGCAGUUCCUAAAGUUCAGAAGGACGUAAUAGAAUCACUGUGCUUGGAGAGCCCUUUAUUACUCAAAUCUUCUUUCAAUCGCUCAAAUAUAUAUUACGAAGUUAGAUACAAAGAUCUUCUAGAUAAUGUCUUCAACGAUUUAUCCGCUCUGCUCAAAUCCAGCGGUGAUGUUUGUGCUAUUGUUUACUGCCUUGAAAGAGCAACCUGUGAUGAAUUGGCUGCUCACCUCUCCAAACAUGGCAUUUCAUGUGCCGCUUACCAUGCUGGCAUUAACAACAACCUGCGUAGCUCUGUUUUGGAUGAUUGGAUGUCUUCGAAAAUACAAGUUGUUGUAGCCACCGUGGCUUUCGGGAAGGAUGUUAGAUUGGUUUGCCACUUUAACAUACCAAAAUCAAUGGAAGGCUUUUAUCAAGAAUCAGGUAGAGCAGGACGUGAUCAAUUGCCAUCAAAGAGCAUACUAUACUAUGGCAUUGAUGAUCGCAAAAGAAUGGAGUUUAUUAUAAGUAAUGCUGAGAACAAGAAAGGGCAGUCUUCAGGUGGUUCACGAGAAGGAUCGUCAAAGAAAUCCCUUUCUGAUUUUAAGCUGAUGGUUGAAUAUUGCGAGGGUUCUGGUUGUCGUCGGAAAAAGAUCCUUGAAAACUUUGGGGAAGAGGUGCCUCCGUCACUAUGUAAAAAAUCGUGUGAUGGGUGCAAGCAUCCGAACCAACUUGUUCAGUAUUUGGAGGAGCUGGCAACUAUAGCUGCUGGCCGACAAAGAAGUGGCCUUUCACGAAUAUUCUUGUCCAGCUCUAAUGACAAGGUAGGUGGGGAACAGAUGUCUGAGUUCUGGAACCGUGAUGACGAAGUGAGUUGUUCUGAUGAAGACAUUUCUGAUAGUGAUGCAUUUGCAGAUGGUAUUGAGAAUGCAAAGAGGGAAGCUGGAUGUAAGGCAUCAAGAAGAGCAGGCGUCAACGCAAAAAUAGAGCUGCUAGAGAGAGCCGAGGAAAGAUACUACCGGAACCAGAAUUGUGAUAAACCAUCUCAUAAAUCUGACAAGAACGCCAUAACCGAGGCACACAGAGAAGCCAGUAGGAAAAGACUAACAGAUUCCGUGAAGCAGGCUAGCCAGCGUCUUGGCAACCCAAGCAUUGAGAUCGAAACAUCUGCCAACUUCCUUGAAAAUGAGUGCUUCAACAAGUACGGGAAGAGCGGGAAAACAUUCUAUUAUUCUCAGGUAGCAAGCACAGUGAGGUGGCUGGCAACUGCAACUUCUUCCGACUUAACAAACAGGCUUGGCAAUGUUACUCCCACUUCCCCUUGCCGUUCCAAAGUACCAACCGAGGCUUCUCCAAAGGAAACGGUGGACGAGGGAAAUCGAACAGGAACCACUAGCCCAGAGCUUCAUGACAAUACUGCUGCUGCUGCAAGCACUCCAGGGCCACCUGCUUCUGCAUCCACAAAACUCCCACCAAUUCCUUCCUUUUCUGAAUUCGUGAACCGGAAUAAACCUAAUCACAACAGCCGUACAAGACCUCUGGAUGAUUCCCAGUCUCAGAAUAAGAGACAGAAGAAGACGUGA